AUGUUGAAAUCGCGUUUCAACCUAGCCCAAAGCCAGACCGCCCCAGAGGCGGGCGAGGAGCAUGUAGCAGAAGACACUGCGGCAGACGAGCAGCAGCAGUAUGACGAGCAGUUGGCUGGCGAGGGCGUUGUUGAAGAAGAAGAGAAGAAGAUCGUCUACCCAGUGAGGGUCCUGAAAAGAGCUGAGGUUAGCAUACGGCUAAGUCUGCUGGGGAAGACUGCGGAGGGAGACGGAUACACGUACUUAAAAGCGGCUUGCACAGGGAUGAGUUUAACUGAUAUCUCAGCAGUAAAACACUUUAAGCAUCUCCAGUUUCUGGAUGUAUCAAACAAUAACUUAGACCUAGACGCCCUGCAAGCCGCAACGGAGCUACCCUAUCUUGUGCUCAUACAUGCAGAUCACAAUGCUUUAUAUUCUGCUGCACUCAGAAAAAUGAAGUAUCUGCAAGUUAUCAUCAUGAAUAACAAUAAAAUUUCCACUGUCCAUGACGUUUACCAACCAGAACUGAGCACACUAGAAGUCGGAUACAACAGGAUACAUCGUGUUUUCUUCACCAACCGAAUGCCAACUAUCAAAUGUUUAGAUUUUAGAUACAACCUCAUCGAGGAUAUUUCCGACUUUGAUUUUCCCAACUUGGAUAGUUUAUACUUGGCUGGUAAUAAAAUUAAAGCCCUCGAUGGAAUAGAGAGAUUGGUAAAUCUGAGAAUAUUGCAUGUGCGGAAUAACCCAAUAAAGUUGCUGAAUGGAUUUGAUGAAGGGCUGAAGAAACUGCAGUAUAUCAAUUUGAGGAACUGCAAAGUUGCUACACUUAGGCAAGUUAAGAAGUUACGGGUGCUCACUGCCUUAGACACCCUUAUCAUGAAGGGUUGUCCGUACAUGGGUGGCACGGGGGAGGAAAAUGCAGAAGUGGGGCAAGAGGAAGAGGACGCAGAGAUACGAGUCGAAGUUCUGGCAACACUACCACGGCUGAAGAGGAUCAACAAAGGAGUUAUUACUCCUGAAGAAAGAACUGAAGCUAAAGACCUAAUGACUCAAUGGCUUGAAGAAGGUGAAAAGGAAGAAGAGGAAAUAGAAGACGAGCACCAUGAAGAAGAAUCAAACUUGGAUGAAUAA